CUUAAGGCAAUUAGGCCCUUGAAUAGAAACAUACAGAAAGAAACACAGCUUGACAGAGUGUCUUAUCCAUAGAGCAGUGUGAGUUUUAUCUGUUGGUCUCUAGUUUUGUUGUGUCACUGCUGAUAGUUUUGAAAGAGUUUCCCACUUGUUUUGUUGUUUUCAGUUUAGUCAAGUUGCGGAGCAGGCACAUUGAAGAGCUGGGCUUGGCAGGGGCUCAUCAACAUUUGCCUUCCUUGCAAAGUUAGUGGGUGGGGGGAGUUCUCUCUUUUCUUCCAAUAAGCAUGGCGUUCCCCUGUUGCUGCUGCCCUUGGUUCUCAGUUGCUUCAGAAGAGAGGGAACCCCUCAAUAUACAGAACUCAAAUCAAAGCCGUCAAAACAACAGAACAGUUGACUUCAGCAAAGACAAACCUCUCGCAUUUAAAAGGGUCAAUGUGCCUGAGAUUGACAUACUGUUUACCAACAUUGCUGAGACUUUCAACAAGCAGCAAAGGGAUUUCUUGGCUCUCUGGGAAGCCAUCCAGGGGCUGAAAAAAGCCUAUAGCUGUUCACCUGCAAGCUAUCUCUCUGUAUGCAUGGAGAAGAUACAGCAGGAACACAGUGACUGCAGUGUGCAGGUGCACAUGGAAGGAUACAGAUUUGGGCUGGAUGUCAGGGAGAAAGAUGUCCCUGAGAAACUGAAGCAGGUUCAGCAGCAGGUGGGGGAGCUGAACCAUGCCACCAUAGGAGUCAUCAGUUCACACACAAAACUCCAGGAAAUGAUCCACUCAGUGUUUCAAAGCCAGGAAAAGUUGAGGGAAAGAGUAAAAGCCACAAACUCAGAGCACCUAGAUUGGAUCCGUGUAGAGGGAAACCUGACAGAAAAUAUUGAGAAAAUCCGUCUGGCCGAGCAGUUCUCAAAGCAGUAUAACGAAGAAGCCAAUAGUGUACUCAGGGAAAUGUCCAAGUCAGGUGGCUUGACCUCAUAAGAAACUGUUGAGAAUGAACCUGUAAUAGCCUACAUUUCUUACUACAAUGAAUGACUAAAGUGCUUGUGACAGAAAGGCCUUUAGUAACAGUUCAGAUGCACAAACUACAUAGGAAUUAAAACUGAUCUUGAGACUUCUGGGAGACCAAACCCCUGCAGCCACAUACCAGAAGGUAACUAAAGAUGUCUAAGAGAAUUGUCACAUAAUUAUGUCCUUGAGGAGUUGCCAAUGAGUAGACAAAUUUCAAUGUCACUAAAUUCCAGGUGGCUUCUAAGUGACAGGAAUGCAGUGUUGCUACCUCCAAAUAAAUGCCUCCCUUUUGGUCAUGUCUAUCUAGUUUCAAAUCCUAGAGAUUGUUGAUAGUCAGUAAGAGACUGCUUGUUCUGCCCCUUAUCCUAUCAGGCUAAUGAAAAGAGUCCAUCCCAUUUCUUGUAGAGUGGGAAAUAAUGGCAGGUAUUAUUAAAACCUGCUAUGUGACUCUCAUUUUAAGUACAGUCCUAGCACUUAGAUUCUAGAAACUUCCUUGGGCAAGGUAUGCCAAACAGUGGUCCCUUUGUACUGAUGGGCUGGUGGAUUUGACCACUUGCAGCUCAUCAUGCCCCAAAUUAUUCAAUGGCAGGACAAGCAUGUCAGUACCAUUGAAUAAUAUGUGAUGCAACUGUCCAUAGUUUUUCCCAAAUGUAUAGAGAAAGUGUAUAGGGACCGAACCUUCACAGAUGGGAAGGGUCCACUGUGCAAGGAAAUACAGUGAAUAUAGACUUCAGACAACUGGAAAAAGUAGAAAUGUUCUUCCUAUUCUAAACAUAAUCAAGCUCUCUAAGACAUAAUUUAGAGUGUAAAAGAAAAAAAAGCUUCAAGCACUGACUGCCAUCCCCAUGCUUACUGCCACUGUUAACACUUAGUUUUAAAUAUACAAGUUGAGAAUGUACAUGCAGAUUUUCACCCAAACUUUGUCCCUUGCAUUUUUUGCACACUAAUAUCCUAGAUGGCCCCACAUCUUCUUUUGAACUUAGGAGGGGGGGGGGAAUUAUUUCCCAAACAGUGGUCUGUAUUUCCAGUUGGGAUGCCAUCACCUCAAAAACUGAUCAUCAAGGAUCUUAUAGCUUCUCCUGUGGAAGGGAGGAAAUCUUUCUCCCUACCUUUCCUAACUCUUCACCUACUCCUGCUCCAUUUUUAUUACUUGGUAAUUAAAAAACUGAGGUGCAGGGGAACCUAAAAAUGUUUCACUAGCCUUUGGCCCAUCCCAGCCUUUUUGUACCUUAAGAGAGCAUACUUUGAAAGCCAAGGCACUUAGUCAUCCCUAAUCCUUAAGGAACAAUAUUUUUAAUUGGCCUUUCAAUCUGCAAACUAACUUCUAGAUCACAAGAGACACUGAAGAAAAAGUCUCACCUUUAUUCUCUUCACCAUAUAAUUGGGAAUGUUUACAUUUCAGUCUUUUUCUCUCUUUAAUAUUUCCUUCUUUUUCCUCAGUCUGAAAAUGUUAAGCCAUGUCUGUUAUCUGCAUUAAUGUCUUUAUCAUUCACCCUCCUAAAUGACUACUCACAGCACCACCUCCUUAUAUUUUAAGAAACUUCUCUUUCUCCUACCCCAUCGAUCUCAAAUGCCACUCCAUCUAUCCUAGUUCUUCUUUCCAGUCCCCAGAUGCCUCCACAGAGUUAAAUAAACAGGUCCUUGUCUUAUUUGAAUGAUGCCUAUGUGCAUACUUUGUCUAUGUAAUAAUAAACUCUAUUCAAUUAUUCUAAUUUCUGGCUCUGAUCUCACUGCUAAUUCCCCCUUUUAAAGAGCUCAGUUUCAUGUCUGUUGCUUUUAUCUACUUGAGUAUCCCAGUUUCUGUCUCUAUGCACCAUCACUCUAGGCGAAAGAUCUGAAAAACAUAUGUUCCUUCUGUAUCUGCAAAUAUUACAUAAGUGGAUAGUAAGACAAAAUAACCGGAAGUUGCAGGCCUCAGCAUCUAUGGAAGAAUGAUCAAACAUUGUGUCAGCACCUGACAUGAUGGCGGCAUAUGCCAGUAAGGCCCACCAGGAUCCAAAUGUCAAGCUUGUAACAGUCAAUCCCUGCGUAUUUCUCCCACCUGGAAGAUGGAAGAAUGGCUUUUGUCUGCUCUCUGGAACAUGGUGAUGAAAACUCUCAGCAGAAUGUAUGGCAUGUGUUUAGGACUUUCUGUGUGGCUUCUUACAGGGCACAUUAUACGGUUAAAUGAUUAUUGACAUGCUCAGAUGUAGCCUUAUAAUGGGAUGUACUCAGCUGUAAUCAGUACUUAGAGGUUACUGUAUUUCAUUAUUUUUGUUAUUCUACCAUGGUUCUUUGUGUGUGUGUUUCUCAAAUCAGAAAGUGCAGACAGUAGAGGAGGCUGCAGACUGCUAGAGAGAUCUAUAAUAAACUGGAGGGCACAACAUCUCCAGCCACCUCACAACAAUAAGGUAAGCCAAAAAGCACCAUGAGAAACCUUUCUACAGAGAUGUCGUAAACUGUUCUGAUGUGGAAGAAGACAAAUAGAAAACCUUUUCAUGGAGAAUUGUAAAGAUGGAAAUAAUAUUUGGAACUAUUGGAAAAUGUUGGAAGAAUAUUUUCUCAAGUGUUGGGAAACUCUUAUGGGGAGAAUCCAGAACUGACAAAAAUAUUUACAACCUUCAAGGCUUAUUCUGUGCAAAAUUUGCACAUGGAUUUUGUUUUUCACAGAAAAUUUUCUGCCCAGGAAAGAGCAUUUUCCUCUUGGGCAGUUUUCAAAUCCCUUUUUUUUAAUCUUUGCAGUUGGGAAGAAACUUGAUAAAAUCACUUGUUGCUUUAUUUGAGAACAUAAAUAGUAAAAUUAUUCCAUUCCUAUGGAAGAGGACUUCUGAGAAAUGAUAAGACACAUUCUGGAGCAGCAUUUGAACUGUAUCUUGCCAUCAUAGGUAAUACCUCUACAUAGGGAGGAAUAAUCCCAAUGAAGCUUGUGGUUAUGUGGCAGAUUUUUAUGCCUACCUUCAGUCCAGGGGAACCAGAGUAAUGUCCCAGUGUGACUCCAUGAAUAUAUAUUCACUAGUAAUGCUCUGGUUUCUACAGAACUUCCUCAGGUAGCUGUGCCCAAAGUCACAAUCUUAGAAGUUGUCUGCACAGCCUCAUGUCAUCCUGUUUGAAAGAUGUAACCCUGGGGUCAGGAUUGCAGUGAAUCCUGGCAGAUCAGAUGUGGAUCAGAUGUAUCCAACCCAAUCCUGGGGUAAACAGGGCUUAAAGGGAGUCAAAUUGACACACCAUUUGCUGCAAAGUUUCCAGCAACCCCCAGCUGAUUAGAUGGCCCCUGCGUGCUCCUUACCUCCAUGUGCCACCACUCCUAUUGAGAAAACUCCUUGCUGCUGCAUCUAAUGCAAAAAUGGGGCCCUGGCCCCAUGGGAGCAGCCAGGCAUCCCAUUUCUGCAUCAGAUGCAGCAAUGUGGGAUUUCUCAGUAGCGGUGGUGGCAUAGGGAGGUAAGGAUCAUGGGCCAGCACAGGGAUGGAUGUGUAAACAUCUGCCCAUUCUCAUGUCAGCAUAGAGAGCAACCAAGAUUAGCACCUGGGCAGGGAUAGCACAGGCUCAGCCCCUGAUAUCCUAAUCCAUCUGCUCAGCCCCUUAGUCAACAUAUGGAUCAGGGGAUGCUCCAGCUGUCAUGCACGCACUGAGAAGGUGACUGUGCUGAGGGUGAAUCUCAGGAAGAUAAGAAGAUAAACAGAUUAGCUCACAAGAAGUCUUAUAUACUGAACCAUUGUAGAGAAUAUCCAGAUGAUACAGAUCAAAUACUUCCAAUGGAAUCUUUUAUUAACUUUUAUUAUCUUUUAGGAUGAGUUCAUGCACAUCAUUAUUUGAAGAGCUAUUUUAUGAUAGCAGCUGUCUUCAAGAAAUGGACAACCUAUUUUUUUUUUUACAGCUUUCAGUUUUCUUAUGUAAUUCAUGUGCAGUUUUCCUCUCUUCUGGUAUCCAGUCCUGAAGACUGAUAAAACAUGAGAAAAAGUAAUGUUGAUAUCCUUGAACAGAUUAAAUAAUCUAUCAGUUUUUGUUUUGCUCCCUUUUUCAUUUUCUUGUCCUUACCCAUGCUUUUCCCUAUCAUGUUGUAAUCUCUUUAAAAAAAUAAUUAUUUAAAUUGGCAUAUAUUUUUCGUGCAGGGUGCAGCAUCCCAUUCAAAUGAAUGGGGUGCAUGCCCAUGGCACAUGUGCGCCACCGCACCACCGCCGCGUGCACGAGCCCCAUUCAAAUGAAUAGGGCUCGAGCAUACGCAUUUUUUGGCUUACCGGGGGGGUUCCAGAACGGAUCCCCGCGUAAGCCAAGGGCGCACUGUACUUGCUUACUUUUCACAUCUUUCAUGUGUUGAAUGGAGAAUUUCAUCAUAAAAUGAAGAAAGUGAGAAGUGUAUUUCAACUCAUGCAUUCGUUUAAGAAAAGAAAAUUUGAAAAAGAAAAAAACAAGAUAAAUUUUGAAUAUUUUACAUUUGGAAGUUCUUUCUUUGACAUCAGCCAUGAUAUGAUGCCA